AUGUUUGAAAGGCUGCCAGAACUGACAAAUGUCCCUCUCUUCUUCAGGUCCAUGGAGCAGGUAGCAUGAGGCUGCACUGCAGAACCCUGCCACUCCUCCCCCUUCUCAAGCCCCUAGCAAGCCAUAGGCCACUCUGCUGCCUCCCAGCCAAUGGCAGGCUGACCGCAGCCCACAGACUCCUCCCCUUUAUCCUCCUCCCGGCACCUGACCACCGGUGUCCCCGCCUCCCAGCCCCUGGUUGGCCAAGGCACGACAGUCAAAGUUCUGGGCCACUCCUACCCUUGUGACGACUUCACCAAUGUGACCAGCAAGAUCCUGGCCAAGGUGGGCCACAACCUGCAUAACUAAGCCCAUCAUCCUCUCUGGCUCAUCAAAGAGCUCAUCAAAGCCCACUUCUACCGCGCCUACAUCAUGCGCUCGGGCAACCCUCUGUUCUCGGUCCAAGACAACCUUAGUCCGGUGGUGACGACGAAGCAGAACUUCGACAGCCUGCUCAUCUGGGCCGACCACCCCAGCCGGAAGCAAGGCGACAACUACUACCUCAACCGGGGCACCAUGCUGCGCGCUCACACCUCAGCCCACCAGAGGGAGCUGGUGCGCUCGGAGCUUGACGCCUUCCUGCUGGCGGGCGACGUGUACCGAAGGGAAGAGAUUGACACCAGCCACUACCACGUGUUCCAUCAGAUGGAGGGCGUGCGCCUCUUCUCCAACCACGAGGUCAGUAGAGGGCUUUUCACACUAAUGAGCCGAACCAAGCCAAGGCAAACCAAGCUGUACUGAGUAGACCUGGUUGCGCAUCCACCAUAGUUUCUGGAACCCUGCUGUAAAGGACAAUGUGAAGAAGAAGAAAAAUCAUAGCAAGGACAGCUUGGUUCAGGUUGACAUGGUAUUGUGAAAAGGGUAUAGGGGUUAUAGUAAAAGAGAACUAGGGAACUUCAGUAUCAUGUCCCCAUAAAGCUUUUGAAAUCAAAACAAAUGCUUGUGGAGUUAAGGUACUGGAACAUUUAAACUAAACAUAACACUGCCAUGAGUAGCUCCAGUUUUAUUGAUUAGCUUCUCCUCCAAACCACAAAGUCAAGGCCUUCUGUGUAGGGUCACACCGCCAAAGACUAGGACGCACAAUGAAGGAUGAAUACAGUAGCCCACUGUUACACAACGUGAAGAGCUACAGUUUUAUUGAUUAAAUAUACUUUGCCGAGUGCUGUAAAGACAUUAAGAAGUAAACUUAAAUACACAUACAAUCACUCAUUCUACAUGAAGUCCAAUCAUCAGCCAUAUUAGCAGCAUUAGCCGCAGUGUUGUUUUGAGGAGUUAUCUCUGAAAUAUAUGUGUGUGCAUGUUUUUUUACCCCCCAGAUGUUUGCCAAGGUGUCGAGCGGAGAGGACCUGUCUCUCUUUGAGAGCGGGGGCGCCGGACCCCUCAGAAGCAGGAGACACACUCUGGAGGCGGUCAAGCUGGUUGAGUUUGACCUGAAACAGACCCUUGACUGUAUGGUCAGACACCUGUUUGGAGAAGGUAAACAACGUUCCAAGUUCAAGUUUAUGGAUACCCACAUAUCCACAAUAGUGAUACCCGAUGGUAGUCAACACAAUUCUCCAUGUAGCGUUCACUUACCAUUUAGCGUUCACCUAGAAUAAUGGCGCCGGAGGAGAUAGCUGCUGUUUCACGGGCGCCUAACCAAUUGUGCUGUUGUGUGUGUUUUUUCACGUUAUUUGUACAUAAUGUUUCUGCCACUGUCUCUUAUGACCGAAAAAAGCUUCUGGAUAUCAGGACAGCGAUUACUCACCUCGUACUUGACGAAUAUUUUUUCUUUAACGAGUUGGACGCGAAGGAUUUACUUCAGACACUCGACAAGGCCCAAAUCCCCGUCAUUCGCAGGAGAAAGAGACGGAGAUAUCGGGGACGUAGGUUGGGGUGCCUUGUAAGGAUCUGACGGUGAGUGGGUAAUCUGCCUCUACCAUCAGUCCUAUUUGCCAACGUACAAUCAUUGGAUAACAAAAUAGACGAGCUACGAUCACGAAUAUCCUGCCAAUGGGACAUAAAAAACUGUAAUAUCUUAUGUUUCACUGAGUCGUGGCUGAACGACGACAUGGAUAACAUAAAGUGGCUUGCGAAAGUAUUCACCCCCCUUGGCAUUUUUCCUAUUUUGUUGCCUUACAACCUGGAAUUAAAAUUGAUUUUUGGGGGGUUUGUAUCAUUUGAUUUACACAACAUGCCUACCACUUUGAAGAUGAAAAAUAGUUUUUGGGGGUGAAACAAAUAAGAAAUAAGACAAAAAAACUGAAGACUUGAGCGUGCAUAACUAUUCACCUCACCAAAGUCAAUACUUUGUAGAGCCACCUUUUGCAACAAUUACAGCUGCAAGUCUCUUGGGGUAUGUCUCUAUAAACUUGGCAUAUCUAGCCACUGCGAUUUGUGCCCAUUCUUCAAGGCAAAACUGCUCCAGCUCCUUCAAGUUGGAUGGGUUCCGCUGGUGUACAGCAAUCUUUAAGUAAUACCACAGAUUCUCAAUUGGAUUGAGGUCUGGGCUUUGACUAGGCCAUUCCAAGACAUUUAAAUGUUUCCCCUUAAACCACUCGAGUGUUGUUUUAGCAGUAUGCUUAGGGUCAUUGUCCUGCUGGAAGAUGAACCUCCAUCCCAGUCUCAAAUAUCUGGAAGACUGAAACAGGUUUCCCUCAAGAAUUUCCCUGUAUUUAGCGCCAUCCAUCAUUCCUUCAAUUCUGACCAGUUUCCCAGUCCCUGCCAAUGAAAAACAUCCCCACAGCAUGAUGCUGCCACCACCAUGCUUCACUGUGGGGAUGGUGUUUUCAGGGUGAUGAGAGGAGUUGGGUUUGCACCAGACAUAGCGUUUUCCUUGAUGGCCAAAAAGCUCAAUUUUAGUCUCAUCUGACCAGAGUACCUUCUUCCAUAUGUUUGGGGAGUCUCCCACAUGCCUUUUGGCGAACACCAAACGUGUUUGCUUAUUUUUUUAUUUAAGCAAUGGCUUUUUUCUGGCCACUCUUCCGUAAAGCCCAGCUCUGUGGCGUGUACGGCUUAAAGUGGUUCUAUGGACAGAUACUCCAAUCUCCGCUGUGGAGCUUUGCAGCUCCUUCAGGGUUAUCUUUGGUCUCUUUGUUGCCUCUCUGAUUAAUGCCCUCCUUGCCUGGUCCGAGAGUUUUGAUGGGCGGCCCUCUCUUGGCAGGUUUGUUGUGGUGCCAUAUUCUUUCCAUUUGUUAAUAAAGUAUUUAAUGGUGCGCCGUGGGAUGUUCAAAGUUUCUGAUAUUUUUUUAUAACCCAACCCUGAUCUGUACUUUAUAACCCAACCCUGACUCUGGGGCCUUUCAGAACAGGUAUAUAUAUAUAUAUACUGAGAUCAUGUGACAGAUCAUGUGACACUGUGUUUUGUUUUUUUAGGGGGUAGAUCAGCCUUAAUAUUACAGAUAGAUUGUAACUUCCAUCAAUGUAAUUGUCUGCAUCACUUCCAAUCCCACAAAUGUUUUUUUUCUCGCAAAUAUAUAUAUGUAUACAUACAUACAUACAUACAUACAUACAUACAUACAUACAUACAUACAUACAUACAUACAUACAUACAUACAUACAUACAUACAUACACAUACACAUACAUACAGUGGGGGAAAAAAAGUAUUUAGUCAGCCACCAAUUGUGCAAGUUCUCCCACUUAAAAAGAUGAGAGAGGCCUGUAAUUUUCAUCAUAGGUACACGUCAACUAUGACAGACAAAUUGAGAUAAAAAAAUCCAGAAAAUCACAUUGUAGGAUUUUUAAUGAAUUUAUUUGCAAAUUAUGGUGGAAAAUAAGUAUUUGGUCACCUACAAACAAGCAAGAUUUCUGGCUCUCACAGACCUGUAACUUCUUCUUUAAGCGGCUCCUCUGUCCUCCACUCGUUACCUGUAUUAAUGGCACCUGUUUGAACUUGUUAUCAGUAUAAAAGACACCUGUCCACAACCUCAAACAGUCACACUCCAAACUCCACUAUGGCCAAGACCAAAGAGCUGUCAAAGGACACCAGAAACAAAAUUGUAGACCUGCACCAGGCUGGGAAGACUGAAUCUGCAAUAGGUAAGCAGCUUGGUUUGAAGAAAUCAACUGUGGGAGCAAUUAUUAGGAAAUGGAAGACAUACAAGACCACUGAUAAUCUCCCUCGAUCUGGGGCUCCACGCAAGAUCUCACCCCGUGGGGUCAAAAUGAUCACAAGAACGGUGAGCAAAAAUCCCAGAACCACACGGGGGGACCUAGUGAAUGACCUGCAGAGAGCUGGGACCAAAGUAACAAAGCCUACCAUCAGUAACACACUACGCCGCCAGGGACUCAAAUCCUGCAGUGCCAGACGUGUCCCCCUGCUUAAGCCAUUACAUGUCCAGGCCCGUCUGAAGUUUGCUAGAGUGCAUUUGGAUGAUCCAGAAGAGGAUUGGGAGAAUGUCAUAUGGUCAGAUGAAACCAAAAUAUAACUUUUUGGUAAAAACUCAACUCGUCGUGUUUGGAGUACAAAGAAUGCUGAGUUGCAUCCAAAGAACACCAUACCUACUGUGAAGCAUGGGGGUGGAAACAUCAUGCUUUGGGGCUGUUUUUCUGCAAAGGGACCAGGACGACUGAUCCGUGUAAAGGAAAGAAUGAAUGGGGCCAUGUAUCGUGAGAUUUUGAGUGAAAACCUCCUUCCAUCAGCAAGGGCAUUGAAGAUGAAACGUGGCUGGGUCUUUCAGCAUGACAAUGAUCCCAAACACACCGCCCGGGCAACGAAGGAGUGGCUUCGUAAGAAGCAUUUCAAGGUCCUGGAGUGGCCUAGCCAGUCUCCAGAUCUCAACCCCAUAGAAAAUCUUUGGAGGGAGUUGAAAGUCCAUGUUGCCCAGCGACAGCCCCAAAACAUCACUGCUCUAGAGGAGAUCUGCAUGGAGGAAUGGGCCAAAAUACCAGCAACAGUGUGUGAAAACCUUGUGAAGACUUACAGAAAACGUUUGACCUGUGUCAUUGCCAAUAAAGGGUAUAUAACAAAGUAUUGAGAAACUUUUGUUAUUGACCAAAUACUUAUUUUCCACCAUAAUUUGCAAAUAAAUUCAUUAAAAAUCCUACAAUGUGAUUUUCUGGAUUUUUUUUUCUCAUUUUGUCUGUCAUAGUUGACGUGUACCUAUGAUGAAAAUUACAGGCCUCUCUCAUCUUUUUAAGUUGGAGAACUUGCACAAUUGGUGGCUGACUAAAUACUUUUUUCCCCCACUGUACAUAUAAAUACAUAUACAAACAUAUAUGUACAUAUCCUUAAAAAUAUAUAUAUUUCCCUUUAUUACUUUCCAACCCCACCACCCCUUCCCUAAUUGGAGUAAACUAGUAACCAACAAUGCUUAGGCCUCUACUUCCAGCUUAUACAUACUAUAUACAUUUUAUGGACACAGUCAAUUUUACAAUAAUUCUGUUUUGUUUGUUUUACUCCUGAACUUCCUCUACCCUCAACCUCUCCGAUCAUUUUCAUGAUGUCCAUCCGGUUUGCUUCUAUAUGCCAUAUCUCUCCAACUGUGCUCUUUCACAAAAGCUCUCAACCUAUAACCAAUAUACCUAUUAUGGACACAGUAUGCUUUACAUUAGUUAUCUUGUUGUUAUUAGUUGUUGUUAGUUGUUAUUAGACCCAUCCUUCAACUCCGUUCAACACCACCCAUCUAUCUCUUAACACCAUCCAAAUUGGAUUUCUAUUUGCCAUAUAUUUUUCAACUGUACUGUGAUGUUUUAUAAAAGUUCUGAACCCUUCUAUUCUCAUUGUUUCUACAGAUUGUAAAUCAAAAAUAAACAUUUUUGCUAAAAGUAUUAUUAUAUUAUUGAUCGAUUGACUAUGACUUUUCAGAUCACCCAGUAAUGUAUCUGCAGGGUUAGCUCCAGGUAAAUAUUGCAAUCCUUCAGCCAUUCCUGGACCUGUGUCCAAAAACAAGCUACAAAUGGACAGUACCAAAACAAAUGAUCUAAUGAUUCUGUCUCUUCGCAGCAAAAUCUGCAGAGCUGGGAAGAUUGUAUCCCCCAUAUAAAUAACAUUCUAUUGGUAGCAAGAAUUUUAUAUAAUAAUUUAAAUUGAAAAAUUCUAAGUUUUGAAUCCGGCGUCGUUUUGCAUAUCAGUUCAUAAACACUAUGCCAUGGAAUCGGUACGUCAAAAAUCUCUUCCCAACUAUUUUGCAAUCUAUAUGGGACGGCUGUCAAUCCUUUGGUCCUGAAAUGAAACUGCUAUACUUUGUUAUUUAUCACAAUUUUCUUUAACCAAUUAUGUUCUUUAAUGCAUCAUGUGACACUUAGAUUGCACACAGGUGGACUUUAUUUAACUAAUUAUGUGACUUCUGAAGGUAAUUGGUUAAGUAAUUUUUUUCAUUUCACUUCACCAAUUUGGACUAUUUUGUGAAUGCCCAUUAUUUGAAAUCCAAAUAAAAAUCCAUUUAAAUUGCAGGUUGUAAUGCAACAAAAUAGGAAAAACGCCAAGGGGGAUGUAUACUUUUGUAAGGCACUGUACAGCUAGUAGGGUUUACGCUACAUCGGCAAGAUAGAACAGCCGCCUCCGGUAAGACAAGGGGUGGCGGUCUGUGUAUAUUUGUAAACAACAGCUUGUGCACAAAAUCUAAUAUUAAGGAAGUCUCAAGGUUUUGCUCGCCUGAGGUAGAGUAUCUCAUGAUAAGCUGUAGACCGCACUAUUUACCAAGAGAGUUUUCACCACAAACUGAUGCUGGCACUAAGACCGCACUCAAUGAGCUGUAUAAGGCCAUAAGCAAACAGGAAAACACUCAUCCAGAGGCGGCGCUCCUAGUGGCCGGGGAAUUUAAUGCAGGGAAACUUACAUCCAUUUUACCUAAUUUCUACCAGCAUGUUAAAUGUGCAACCAGAGGAAAAUAAAACUCUAGACCACCUUUACUCCACACACAGAGACACGUACAAAGCUUUCCCUCGCCCUCCAUUUGGCAAAUCUGACCAUAAUUCUAUCCUCCUGAUUCCUGCUUACAAGCAAAAACUAAAGCAGGAAGCACCAGUGACUCGGUCGAUAAUGAUGUGGUCAGAUGACGCAGAUGCUAAGCUACAGGAUUGUUUUGUUAGCACAGACUGGAAUAUGUUCCGGGAUUCUUCCGAUGGCAUUGAGGAGUACACCACAUCAGUCACUAGCUUCAUCAAAAGUGUAUCGAUGAUAUCGUCCCCACAGUUACUGUACGUACAUACCCCAACCAGAAGCCAUGGAUUACAGGCAACAUCCGCACUGAGCUAAAGGGUAGAGCUGCUGCUUUCAAGGAGCGGGACUCUAACCCGGAUGUUUAUAAGAAAUCCCGCUAUGCCCUCAGACAAACCAUCAAACAAGCAAAGCAUCAAUACAGGACUAAGAUUCAAUCGUACUACACCGGCUCCGACGAUCGUCGGAUGUGGCAGGGCUUGCAAACUAUUACAGACUACAAAGGGAAGCACAGCUGCGAGCUGCCCAGUGACACGAGCCUACCAGACGAGCUAAAUUACUUCUAUUCAUUGAAGCAUGCAUUAGAGCAUCAGCUGUUCCGGAUGACUGUGUGAUCACGCUCUCCGUAGCCAAUGUGAGUAAGACCUUUAAACAGGCCGCAGGGCCCAGACGGAUUACCAGGACGUGUACUCUGAGCAUGCACUGACCAAUUUGCAAGUGUCUUCACUGCCAGUUUCAACCUGUUCUGAGUCUGUAAUACCAACAUGUUUCAAGCAGAUCACCACUCCCUGGGCCCAAGAACACUAAGGUAACCUGCCUAAAUGACUGCAGACCCGUAGCACUCACGUCUGUAGCCAUAAAGUGCUUUGAAAGGCUGGUCAUGGCUCACAUCAACACCAUUAUCCCAGAAACUCUAGACCCACUCCAAUUUGCAUACCGCCCCAACAGAUCCACAGAUGAUGCGAUCUCUAUUGCACUCCACACUGCCCUUUCCCACCUGGGCAAAAAGAACACCUACGUGAGAAUGCUAUUCAUUGACUACAGCUCAGCGUUCAACACCAUAGUGCCCUCAAAGCUCAUCACUAAGCUAAGGACCAUGGGACUAAACACCUCCCUCUGCAACUGGAUCCUGGACUUCCUGACGGGUCCGCCCCAAGGUGAUUAGGGUAGGGAACAACACAUCUGCCACGCUGAUCCUCAACACAGGGGCCCUCAGGGGUGCGUGCUCAGUCCCCUCCUGUACUCCCUGUUCACCCAUGACUGCAUGGCCAGGCACGACUCCAACACCAUCAUUAAGUUUGCCGACGACACAACAGUGGUAGGCCUGAUCACCGACAACGAUGAGACAGCGUAUAGGGAGGAGGUCAGAGACCUGGCCGUGUGGUGCCAGGAUAACAACCUCUCCCUCAACGUGAUCAAAUACAAAGGAGAUGAUUGUGGACUACAGGAAACGGAGGACCUAGCACGCCCAUUCUCAUCAACAGGGCUGUAGUGGAGCAGAUUGAGAGCUUCAAGUUCCUUGUUGUCCACUUCACCAACAAACUAUCAUGGUCCAAACACACCAAGACAGUCGUGAAGAGGGCACGACAAAGCCUAUUCCCCCUCAGGAGACUGAAAAGAUUUGGCAUGGGUCCUCAGAUCCUCAAAAAGUUCUACAGCUGCACCAUCAAAAGUAUCCUGACUGGUUGCAUCACUAUCUGGUAUGGCAACUGCUCGGCCUCCGACCGCAAGGCACAACAGGGGGUAGUGCGUACGGCCCAAUACAUCACUGGGGCCAAGCUUCCUGCCAUCCAGGACCUCUAUACCAGGUGGUUUCAGAGGAAGGCCCUUAAAUUGUCAAAGACUCUAGCCACCCUAGUCAUAGACUGUUCUCUCUGCUACCGCACGGCAAGCGGUACCGGAGAACCAAGUCUAGCUCCAAAAGGCUCCUUAACAGCUUCUACCCCCAAGCCAUUAGACUUCUAAACAGUUAAUCAAAUGGCUACCCGGACUAUUUGCAUUGUCCCCCCACCCACCCCCUCUUUUAAACCUGCUGCCACUCUCUGUUUACCUUGUACCCCCUGUAUAUAGCCUCGCUACUGUUAUUUUACUGCUGCUCUUUGUUUUUUAUUUUUAUAUUUUAUUUUUACUUAUCUAUUUUUUACUUAACACUUAUUUUUCUUAAAACUGCAUUGAUGGUUAAGGGCUUGUAAGUAAGCAUUUCACUGUAAGGUCUACACCUGUUUUAUUCGGCGCAUGUGACAAAUAAAAUGUGAUUUGACUUUGUUUCAAUACUUCUUCCCUUCCUUGAAAUGUUCUUGCAUGACUGCAUUGGUGAAAGCUAGCUGAGGAACCCUUGCUGAUUAUGCUAUGAUCUUAGAGCAGUGAUUACUUCAAGGAAGGAAGGAAGGAAGGAAGGAAGGAUCCAUUUUUAAAUUUGUUUUAACAGGCCCAUAGUCCUUUUACGCCAUUGGUCUCUUGAAGGAAAGGAUAUGGGGAAAUUUAACUUUUUGAUAAUUUUUGGAUCAGUCCCUCGCCCUUUGUCUCAACCCGUCCUUUCCUCUCCUCCAUCUCCCUUCAUCCUCCUCUUAUCUAUUUCUGUGCCAGAGCUGGAAAUCCACUGGGUGGAGUGUUACUUCCCCUUCACAUAUCCCUCCUUUGAGAUGGAGGUGCGUUUCCAGGAUGACUGGCUGGAGGUGUUGGGCUGUGGGGUGAUGGAGCAGGAGCUGGUGCACUCUACUAAGCAUGGCUGUUGACACACAUGCAGAUAUACACAAACACAUAAAAUCACAUUUUAUUGGUCACAUACACAUAUUUAGCAGAUGCUAUUGCGGGUGUAGCGAAAUGCUUGUGUUCCUAGCUCCAACAGUGCAGUAGUAUCUAACAAUUCACAACAAUACACACAAAUCUAAAAGUAAAAGAAUGGAAUUAACAAAUAUAUAAAUAUUAGGACAAGCAAUGGCGGAGUGGCAUUGACUAAAAUACAGUAGAAUAGAAUACAGUAUAUACAGUGAAUAGAAUACAGUAUAUACAUAUGAAAUGAGUAAAGCCCUAUGUAAACAUUAUUAAAGUGACUAGUGUUCCAUUAUUAAAAUGACCAGUGAUUCCAUGUCGAUGUACAUAGGGCAGCAGCCUCUUAAGGUGCAGGGUUGAGUAACCGGGUGGUAGCCGGCUAGUGAUGGCUAUUUAACAGUCUGAUGGCAUUGAGAUAGAAGCUGUUUCGGUCUCUCGGUCCCAGCUUUGAUGCACCUGUACUGACCUCACCUUCUGGAUGGUAGCGGGGUGAACAGGCCAUGGCUCGGGUGGCUAAUGUCAUUGAUUAUCUUUUUAGGCUUCCUGUGACAUCGGGUGCUGUAGGUGUCCUGGAGGGCAGGCAGUGUGCCCCCGGUGAUGCGUUGGGCUGACCGCACCACCCUCUGGAGAGCCCUGCGGUUGCGGGCGGUGCAGUUGCUGUACACCUGCACACACACAACAUGUACAUGGGGCGGCAGGUAGCCUAGCGGUUAGAGCGUUGGACCAGUAACUGAAAGGUUGCUAGUUCGAAUCCCCAGCCAACCAGCCGACUAUGUAAAAAAUCUGUCGAUCUGCCCUUGAGCAAGGCACUUGACCCAGGGUCGUCGUCAAUAAUGGCUGAUCCCUGGCCGUGACCUCACUCUCCAAGGGUGUCUCAGGGGGUGUGGGAUAUGCAAAAAACACAUUUCCAUUACACACCACACACUUGUACAUGUGUGAAAUAGGACAAAUAUAAGCACCCCAUAUGCACAGACACACACUCAUUCACACUUGCAAACACACGUGCUUGUACUGUAUACGUAAGUAAGCAUUUCACUGUAAUGUCUGCACCUGUUGAAUUCGGCGCAUGUGGCCAAUAAAAUUUGAUUUGAUUUGAUAUACACAAACAUAAACUCGUACUGUAGGUCUUGCAUACUCUUCCUCACGCACGUACGAAUGCACACUUUCACUCACACAUGCUUUAAAAAAACACCCUCACUUGCACGCAAACACUCACGCAUGCGCACAGACACACACUCAUUCACGCUUGCACAUACUGUAUACACGAACAUAAACUUGUACUGUGGGUCUUGCAUACUCUUUCUCUCGCAGGUACGCAUGCACACACUCUCACACACAUGCUUUAAAAAAUACCAUUGCAUGCACACACACACAGGCAAACACAAACAAACAAACAAAACAACAGACUACUCUUUACAGAAUUGGAUCUGCGGUACUUAAGAGAUAGCUCUCGCUGUUUUGCCCUUGAACAAAGCUGUGUGCUGACGUGCCUCAAUAAACAUCCCACUUGUAUAGAAAUCAAUAAUACAUGAAAUAGAUGCCAAAACAACAUGUGUUUGCUCUCUCCCAACACAACGAAGGACCUUUGCUGUUGUGGCUAAGGUCAUUGGGGUAUACCUUUCUCCUCCGUCUUCGACCCUGCUGCAGGACAGUUACACUUUCUGCCUCCACCAGCAGAUGGCAGUGUUGUGCAACUGAGGGGUGCAGAGACAGAGGUGAGCCUGGGGGUGGUGGGAUUCCUGUUUGGGGAGUGUGCGGACGGAGACACUCUCUGGGGCCCCAGGGGAGGGGGCCUGGUUCAGCGACCCAGACAGAGGCUCGUUCCGGGGGGAGAGGACCUUGAAUGACCCCCUCACACUUCAGCAGUAGCUCGCAGUCAGUGAGCCUUCCAUUCCUAGACUGUUACUAAAGCCAUUAGAGAAGAGGGAAUAUGUUUGGAGAUCUCCUGAUUCCGGCUCUUCACUACAGUGGAAAAGCCCUCUUAACACUCAGCUCCUAGCCUUUCACCUCCAGACAUAUUGAUUAAACAGUUAUGUCCAAUUGGCUCAGGCUCUGCCUGCUCGUGACACUGUUCCACAAGUGCCUAAUCCACAUUGUAGAGCCAAACUGAGCCCAGCCAAGCUGUAUUGGGCUGGCCUGGCCUACACUAUUGUUGCUGGAACCAUGCUGUAAAGGACAAUGUGAAAAGAAAAUAUAUGGGCCAUCACAGUACUUGGAGAUGUUAAGCCCAGACCUGACACAGACCAGAAAUGGCUUUGCUGCCCUGGAUCCAGAGGUUCCGGCGCCUUCGUCCUUAGGGGCUUCCCAUUCAAGAUCGGAUCCGGAUCCUCUGUUCUGUCUCCGGUGGCUUCUGCCUCAGGUUCAGGUCCUCGGAGCUCCCACCCUCGUCAGACCAUGGGGCUGCCUGGGAGGCCAGCCCAUUCAACAUCACCAGCUGUCAUCAUCGGCAGCUCUAUGGUGAGAAACGUCUCGGUUCCCAAUGCAAAACCCUGUGCUACCCAGGAGCACGAGUAUAGGACAUCACAAGGCUGCUUCCGACUGUUCUACGACAUGGACUACGACGCUGUCGUAGUCCGUGUGGGGUCAAACGAUAUCAGGAGGGCUAGCUCAGAACAUCUGGAAAUUGAUUUUAAAGAACUGAUUUUAGCAAUAAAAGACUCCAAAAAACAGCCAAUCAUUUCAGGUCCAGUACCAUCAUUGGGCCGCGGGUGUGGAAGAUUCAGCAGGCUACUGGCGUUACAUGUCUGGCUUAAUGAUUACUGUAGCUCUGCUGGAAUCACUUUUAUAGAUAACUUUGAGACAUUCUGGACACAGAAGAUACUCUACAGGAAGGACGGAGUCCAUCCAAAUCAUCUUGGCUCCUGGACUCUUGUCUACGCAUUUCAAGGCUGCGUUGAAACAAUGACUUAUCAAUGACCCAAGGAGAGCUCAGUUAAUCCCUACCAUUGUGACAAUGAGUCAUCAUAAUGCUGCAGCAAAUGUAUAUUAUCCUAGGGGCGUUGGCAGACACAAUUUAAGUAACUUAAUUUAUAUCCCCCUAAUUGCCCUGUUGAUCCUACAGCUAUUGUAUGCGGUAAUUAUGAGCCUAUGAACCAGAGGUACACUGUUAGUACUGAGGCGGUGUGCCUUAGUAGGAAGACCACUGUGUGCAGCUCACCCUGCGCUAUCAGCUCCAAUAUAAAUAACAUGAACAAAUCUACUUCGGAUAAGCUUCCCAGUAAAGCAUUGGAAACAAUCAAGCAACCCAGAGAAGUUCUAAAAAUAGCCAGUAAAGCAUUGAAAACAAUCAAACAACCCAGAAAAGUGCUAAAAAUAGCCCAUAUUAACAUAUGCAGCCUGAGAAACAAGGUCCAUGAAGUCAAUUACUUGCUUGUAACAGAUGACAUUCAUAUUCUGACUAUCUCUGAAACUCACUUAGAUAAUACCUUUGAUGAUACAGUGGUAGCAAUACAUUGUGUUAUAACAUCUACCGAAAAGACAGAAAUGCCAACAGGGGCGGUGUUGCGGUCUAUAUUCGGAACCACAUUCCUGUAAAGCUUAGAGAUGAUACUGUUGAAGUAAUAUGGCUACAGGUUCUGCCUCACCUAAAGCCCAUUCUUGUGGGAAGCUGCUAUAGACCACCAAGAGCUAACAAUCAGUAUAAUGGAUAAUAUGUGUGAAAUGCUUGAUAUUGUAUGUGAUAUCAAAAGAGAAGCAUAUUUUCUGGGUGAUUUAAAUAUUGACUGGCUUUCAUCAAGCUGUCCACUCAAGAAAAAAACUGCAAACUGUAACCAGUGCCUGCAACCUGGUUCAGGUUGUUAGUCAAUCUACCAGGGUAUUUACAAACAGCACAGGAAUGAAAUCAUCAACAUGUAUUGAUCACAUCUUUACUAAUGCUGCAGAAAUGUGCUUUAAAGCAGUAUCCAAAUCCAUAGGAUGUAGUGAUCACAAUAUAGUAGCCAUAUCUAUAAAUCCCCUUGGAUUGAUGAGGAAUUGAACAAUUGUAUGGUUGAGAGGGAUGAGGCAAAGGGUAUGGCCAAUAAGUCUGGCAGCCCAACUGAUUGGCAAACAUACUGCAAAUUAAGAAAUCAUGUGACUAAACUUAAUAAAACGAAAAAGAAACUAUACUAUGAAACAAAAAUAAAUUAUAUAAACAAUGAUAGUAAAAAGCUUUGGAACACCUUAAAUGACAUUUUGGGGAAAAAGACAAACUCGGCUCCAUCAUUCAUUGAAUCAGAUGGCUCAUUCAUCACAAAACCCACUGAUAUUGCCAACUACUUUAAUGAAUGUUUUAUUGGCAAGAUAAACAAACUUAGGUAUGACAUGCCAGCAAGAAACACUGACACUACACAUCCAAGUAUAUCUGACCAAAUUAUGAAAGACGAAUUGUACUUUUGAAUUCCGUAAAGUCAGUGUGGAAGAGGUGAAAAAAGUAUUGUUGUCUAUCAACAAUGACAAGCCACGGGGUCUGACAAUCUGGAUGGAAAAUUACUGAGGAUAAUAGCGGACGAUAUUGCCACUCCUAUUUGCCACAUCUUCAAUUUAAGCCUACUAGAAAGUGUGUGCCCUCAGGCCUGGAAGGAAGUUAAAGUCAUUCCGCUACCCAAGAAUAGUAAAGCCCCCUUUACUGGCUCAAAUAGCCAACCAAUAAGCCUGUUACCAACCCUUAGUAAACUUCUGGAAAAAAUGGUGUUUGACCAGAUACAAUUCUAUUUCCCAGUAAACAAAUUGACAACAGACUUUCAGCACGCUUAUAGGGAAGGACACUCAACAAGCACAGCACUUACACAAAUGACUGAUGAUUGGCUGAGAGAAAUUUAUGAUAAAAUGAUUGUUUCUUCAGUGCAGCUUUUGACAUUAUCGAUCAUAGUCUGCUGCUGGAAAAACGUAUGUGUUAUGGCUUUACACCCCCUGCUAUAAUGUGGAUAAAGAGUUACUUGUCUAACAGAACACAGAGGGUGUUCUUUAAUGGAAAACUCUCAAACAUAAUCCAGGUAGAAUCAGGAAUUCCCCAGGGUAGCUGUUUAGACCCCUUCGUUUUCCAAUCUUUACUAACGACAUGCCACUGUCUUUGAGUAAAGCCAGUGUGUCUACGUAUGUGGAUGACUCCACACUAUACACGUCAGCUACUACAGCAACUGAAAUGACUGCAACACUUAACAAAGAGCUGCAGUUAGUUUCGGAAUGGGUAGCAAGGAAUAAGUUAGUCCUAAAUAUUUCCAAAACUAAAAGCAUUGUAUUUGGGACAAAUCAUUCACUAAACCCUAAACCUCAACUACAUCUCGUAAUGAAUAAUGUGGAAAUUGAGCAAGUUGAGGUGACUAAACUGCUUGGAGUAACCCUGGAUUGUAAACUGUCAUUGUCAAAACAUAUUGAUACAACAGUAGCUAAGAUGGGGAGUAGUCUGUCAAUAAUAAAGCGCUGCUUUACCUUCUUAACAUCACUAUCAACAAGGCAGGUCCUACAGGGUCUUUGUUUUCUCGCACCUGGACUACUGUUCAGUCGUGCGGUCAGGUGCCAAAAAUAGGGACUUUUGCAAUUAUUAUUUUUUUGCAACAAAUUGCAAUUGGCUCAGAACAGGGCAGCACGGCUGGCCCUUGGAUGUACACAGAGAGCUAACAUUAACAAUAUGCAUGUCAAUCUCUCCUGGCUCAAAGUGGAUGAGAGAUUGACUUUAUCACUACUUGUAUUUGUGAGAGGUAUUGACAUGUUGAAAGCACCGAUCUGUCUGUUUAAACGACUAGCACACAGCUCAGACACCCAUGCGUCUUGAGAUGUUGAUUCAAUAUAUCCACAUAAUCUUCCUUCCUCAUGAUGCCAUCUAUUUUGUGAAGUGCACCAGUCCCUCCUGCAGCAAAGCACCCCCACAGCAUGAUGCUGCCACCCCCAUGUAUCACGGUUGGGAUGGUGUUCUUCCUUGCUGAGCGGCCUUUCAGGUUAUGUUGAUAUAGGACUCGUUUUACUGUGGAUAUAUAUACUUUUGUACCCGUUUCCUCCAGCAUCUUCACAAGGUCCUUUGCUGUUGUUCUGGGAUUGAUUUGCACUUUUCGCACGAAAGUACGUUAAUCUCUAGGAAACCGAACGCGUCUCCUUCCUGAGCGGUAUGACGGCUGCGUGGUCCCAUGGUGUUUAUACUUGCGUACAAUUGUUUGCACAGAUGAACUUGGUACCUUCAGGCAUUUGGAAAUUGCUCUGAAGAAUGAACCAGACUUGUGGAGGUCUACAAUUUAUUUCUGAGGUCUUGGCUGAUUUAUUUUGAUUUCCCCAUGAUGUCAAGCAAAGAGGCACUGAGUUUGAAGGUAGGCCUUGAAUUACAUCCACAGGUACACCUCCAAUUGAUUCAAAUGAUGUCAAUUAGCCUAUCAGAAGCUUCUAAAGCUAUGAGGUCAGUUUCCUGAAUUUUCCAAGCUGUUUAAAGGCACAGUCAACUUAGUGUAUGUAAACUUCUGACCCACUGGAAUUGUGAUACAGUGAAUUAUAAGUGAAAUAAUCUGUCUGUAAACAAUUGUUGGGAAAAUUACUUCUGUCAUGCACAAAGUAGAUGUCCUAACCGACUUGCCAGAACUAUAGUUUGUUAACAAGAAAUUUGUGGAGUGGUUGAAAAACAAGUUUUAAUGACUCCAACCUAAGUGUAUGUAAACUUCCGACUUCAACUGUACAUGGAAUUCUAUUCCACAUCAGGUAACUGAUGCAAGCAGUAGAAUCAGAUUUAAAAAACAGAUAAAAAUACACCUUAUGGAACAGCGGGGACUGUGAAGCAACACAAACAUAGGCACAGACACAUGCAUACACACACACAUGAUAACAUAAGCACUAUACACACACGUACACAUGGAUUUUGUGUUGUAGACAUGUGGUAGUGGCAUAGUGGCCUGAGUUCACACACUUAGUGGGUUGUGAAAUCUGUUAUGAAUUUAUUGUAAUGUAACUGCCUUAAUUUUGUCGGACCCUAGGAAGAGUAGCUGCUGCCUCGGCAGCAGCUAAUGGGGAUCCAUAAUAAAUACAAAUACAAACACUGUUGUGUUGUUUUAAUGAAGCCGUCUUAUUGUUCUAUUAGGAGCUAUUCUGGAACACAUCGUUGAAUGGUCCAAAACAAAAGGCCCCAUUCCAAUAUUGUGCAUCAGACGCUAAAACAUAAGGCUCCAUUCCAAUAUAGUCUAUUGGAUGCUACAAAACAAACAGCUCCAUUCCAAUAUUGUGCGUCGACCACAUGACUCGCCCUGAGUGCUGAGUGCUUCUUCCAACAGGCCAUAAGAGACACUAAACCUUAGUUGAUGGGCCCGGAGUUUGGAAGUGUGUACACUUUUUUGGAACCUCCACCGACUAUGCUCUCUGGCAUUUUGACGGCGUCAAUAAUUGAACGCCCCCAUCUGCAUCCAAACGAAUACACUGUUUUGUUAAUCCUCCCUCCAAAAAAGGAGAGCGAAAGGCAUUCAUUACAUAUUUUGUUUUCUCUCUCUCGCAUUCCCUUUCUCUAUUUCUCUCCCUCUUUACCAUUCUCUCAUACUCCUUCUCUUUUCCUCUUGCUCCCUCUCUCGCUCUCUCGCUCCUGCUCGGUCUGCUUCUCUCCCAUUUUCAUUUUGGAGCAACUCACAAGAUUUCGGUGCAGUUUUAGCCGGAUGCACUGUAGAAUCAGUGAUGCGCGCAUCCAAACCCCUUUCUGACAUGGUUCCUCCUUAAAAAUAGCUUUUUGUCAGGGCAUUGCGAGAGUCUCUCUCCUUUUAUUUUUUUUUACAAAGGAGACAUCCGUUGCAAUAGUAUUUAUACUUCAUCUCUCAAUUUAACUUAGGAGGGUCUGUGCAAAAAGCCUUUUUGUCUUUAUGACAUUGCUACUGGGGUUAAAUUGUUGUAAAAAACAUUUGUCAUGCCAUUUUCUGUUUGUUAUUAUUCGUAAAAAGCAAUACUACUCUGUGAGCAAUGCUACUCUAUCUUGGAAGAACCCAUGUUGAACCCAGAGCCGCGGGAAGUAGUUUGGGGGUGGGGGUGCUGCGAUUUUUCGCCAACGGACGGCUAUGUUGGUCCGCUAAUACAGGACUAGUAGCACCUUUUUUGUUGUUGUAUAUACAUUGGGGAGAACAAGUAUUUGAUAUACUGCCGAUUUUGCAGGUUUUCCUACUUACAAAGCAUGUAGAGGUCUGUAAUUUUUAUCAUAGGUACACUUCAACUGUGAGAGACGGAAUCUAAAACAAAAUCCAGAAAAUCACAUUAUGAUUUUUAAGUAAUUAAUUUGCAUUUUAUUGCAUGACAUAAGUAUUUGAUCACCUACCAACCAGUAAGAAUUCCAGCACUCACAGACCUGUUAGUUUUUCUUUAAGAAGCCCUCCUGUUCUCCACUCAUUACCUGUAUUAACUGCACCUGUUUGAACUCGUUACCUGUAUAAAAGACACCUGUCCACACACUGAAUCAAACAGACUCCAACCUCUCCACAAUGGCCAAGACCAGAGAGCUGUGUAAGGACAUCAGGGAUACAAUUGUAGACCUGCACAAGGCUGGGAUGGGCUACAGGACAAUAGGCAAGCAGCUUGGUGAGAAGGCAACAACUGUUGGCGCAAUUAUUAGAAAAUGGAAGAAGUUCAAGAUGACGGUCAAUCACCCUCGGUCUGGGGCUCCAUGCAAGAUCUCACCUAGUGGGGCAUCAAUGAUCAUGAGGAAGGUGAGGGAUCAGCCCAGAACUACACGGCAGGACCUGGUCAAUGACCUGAAGAGAGCUGGGACCACAGUCUCAAAGAAAACCAUUAGUAACACACUACGCCGUCAUGGAUUAAAAUCCUGCAGCGCACGCAAGGUCCCCCUGCUCAAGCCAGCGCAUGUCCAGGCCCGUCUGAAGUUUGCCAAUGACCAUCUGGAUGAUCCAGAGGAGGAAUGGGAGAAGGUCAUGUGGUCUGAUGAGACAAAAAUAUAGCUUUUUGUUCUAAACUCCACUCGCCGUGUUUGGAGGAAGAAGAAGGAUGAGUACAACCCCAAGAACACCAUCCCAACCGUGAAGCAUGGAGGUGGAAACAUCAUUCUUUGGGGAUGCUUUUCUGCAAAGGGGACAGGACGACUGCACCGUAUUGAGGGGAGGAUGGAUGGGGCCAUGUAUCGCGAGAUCUUGGCCAACAACCUCCUUCCCUCAGUAAGAGCAUUGAAGAUGGGUCAUGGCUGGGUCUUCCAGCAUGACAACGACCCGAAAUACACAGCCAGGGCAACUAAGGAGUGGCUCCGUAAGAAGCAUCUCAAGGUCCUGGAGUGGCCUAGCCAGUCUCCAGACCUGAACGCAAUAGAAAAUCUUUGGAGGGAGCUGAAAGUCCGUAUUGCCCAGCGACAGCCCCGAAACCUGAAGGAUCUGGAGAAGGUCUGUAUGGAGGAGUGGGCCAAAAUCCCUGCUGCAGUGUGUGCAAACCUGGUCAAGACCUACAGGAAACGUAUUAUCUCUGUAAUUGCAAACAAAGGUUUCUGUACCAAAUAUGAAGUUCUGCUUUUCUGAUGUAUCAAAUACUUAUGUCAUGCAAUAAAAUGCAAAUUAAUUACUUAAAAAUCAUAAUGUGAUUUUCUGGAUUUUGUUUUACAUUCCGUCUCUCACAGUUGAAGUGUACCUAUGAUAAAAAUUUGACCUCUACAUGCUUUGUAAGUAGGAAAACCUGCAAAAUCGGCAGUGUAUCAAAUACUUGUUCUCCCCAAUAUAUAUAUUUUUUAUUCAGAUUUUUCAGGUGGUGCUGCACCACCCUCAGCACCCCUACUUCCCGCGACUAUGGUUGAACCCCUCAUUUUUUGUGUAAACUUUGAAGAUUGGUUAAUCGGGGAAUAGGUAAGUGUGUUGCUGGUGUGAUUUAUACUAUAAAACGUUUAAUAUUCAUUGUUUUUUUGUAUUUAUUAUGGCUCACCAUUAGCUGCUGCCAUUAGCUGCUGCCAACUGUAAUUUGCCUGUGUCCCUCUUUGUGGCAAUUGACCAUAUGAUUGGACAGUAGUCCAGGUGCGACAAAACUAGGGCCUGUAGGACUUGUUUUGUUGAUAGCCUUGUCAAGACAGCAGAGUAGCCUUUAUUAUGGACAGACCUCUCCCCAUCUUAGCUACAGUUGAAGUCGGAAGUUUACAUACACUUAGGUUGGAGUCAUUACAACUAGUUUUUCAACCACUCCACAGAUUUAUUGUUAACAAACUAUAGUUUUGGUAAGUCGGUUAGGACAUCUACUUUGUGCAUGGCAAGUAAUUUUUCCAACAAUUGUUUACAGACAGAUUAUUUAACUUAUAAUUCACUGUACAACAAUUCCAGUGCGUCAGAAGUUUACAUACACUAAGUUGACUGUGCCUUUAAACAGCUUGGAAAAUUCCAGAGAAUGAUGUCAUGGCUUUAGAAGCUUCUGAUAGGCUAAUUGACAUCAUUUGAGUCAAUUGGAGGUGUACCUGUGGAUGUAUUUCAAGGCCUACCUGCAAACUCAGUGCCUCUUUGCUUGACAUCAUGGGAAAAUCAAAAUAAAUCAGCCAAGACCUCAGAAAAGAAAAUGUAGACCUCUACAAGUCUGGUUCAUCCUUGGGAGCAAUUUCCAAACGCCUGAAGGUACCACGUUGAUCUGUACAAACAAUAGUACGCAAGUAUAAACACCAUGGGACCACGCAGCCGUCAUACCGCUGUUUGGAGGAAAAAGGUGGGACUUGCAAGCCGAAGAACACCAUCCCAACCGAGAAGCAUGGGGGUGGCAGAAUCAUGCUGUGGGGGUGCUUUGGUCCAGGAGGGACUGGUGCACUUCACAAAAUAGAUGGCAUCAUGAGGAAGGAAAAUUAUGUGGAUAUAUUGAAGCAACAUCUCAAGACAUCAGUCAGGAAGUUAAAGCUUGGUCGCAAAUGGGUCUUCCAAAUGGACAAUGACCCCAAGCAUACUUCCAAAGUUGUGGCAAAAUGGCUUAAGGACAACAAAGUCAAGGUAUUGGAGUGGCUAUCACAAAGCCCUGACCUCAAUCCUAUAGAACAUUUGUGGGCAGAACUGAAAAAGCAUGUGCGAGCAAGGAGGCCUACAAACCUGACUCAGUUACACCAGCUCUGUCAGGAGGAAUGGGCCAAAAUUCACCCAACUUAUUGUGGGAAGCUUGUGGAAUCCUACCCGAAACGUUUGACCCAAGUUAAACAAUUUAAAGGCAAUGCUACCAGAUACUAAUUGAGUGUAUGUAAACUUCUGACCCACUGGGAAUGUGAUGAAAUAAAUAAAAGCUGAAAUAAAUAAUUCUCUCUACUAUUAUUCUGAUAUUUCACAUUCUUAAAAUAAAGUUGUGAUCCUAACUGACCUUAGACAGGGACUUUUUACUAGGAUUAAAUGUGAGGAAUUGUGAAAAACUGAGUUUAUAUGUAUUUUGCUAAGUUGUAUGUAAACUUCCGACUUCAACUGUACCGUUGCAUCAAUAUAUUUUGACCAUGACAGUUUAAAAUCCAGGCUUACACCAAGCAGUUUAGUCUCCUCAAUUUACUAAAUGUCCACAUUAUUCACUACAAGAUUUAAUUGAGGUUUAGGGUUGAUUGAAUUGUUUGUCCCAAAUAAGUGCUUUUAGUUUUUGAAAUAUUUAGUACUAGAUUAUUACUUGCCACACAUUCUAAAACUGACUGCAGCUCUUUUUUAAGUGUUGCAGUGAUUUUACUUGCUGUGGUAACUGACGUGUAUAAUGUUGAGUCAUUGGCAUACAUACAGGCUUUACUCAGUGCCAGUGGCAGGUCAUUAGUAAAGAUUGAAAAAAGUAAGGGGCCUAGACAACUGCCCUGGGGAAUGCCCGACUAUACCUGGAUUAUGUUGGAGAGGCUUCCAUUAAAGAACACCCUCUGUGUUCUGUUAGUCAGGUAACUGUCGAUCCACGAUAUAGCAGGGGAUGUGAAGCCAUAACACAUACGUUUUUCCAGCAGCAAAUUAUGAUCGAUAAUGUCAAAAACUGAAGUCUAACAAAACCACUCCAACCAGCUUCUUAUUAUCAAUUUCUUUAAACCAAUCGUCAGUCAUUUGUGUAAGUGCUGUACAUGUUGAGUGCCCCUGUAAGCAUGCUGUAGGUCAAUUGUUAUUUUGUUUCCUGUGAAAUAGCAUUGUAUCUGGUCAAACCUUCAAAAAGUUUACUAAAGGUUGGUAACAGAAUGAUUGGUCAGCUGUUUGAGCCAGUAAAGGGUGGUUUGCUAUUCUUGGGUAGCGGAAUGACUUUUGCUUCCCUCCACUUUUCUGUAGGCUUAGAUUGAAGAGAUGGCAAAUAGGAAUUGCAAUAUAGUCUGCUAUCAUCCUCAGUAAUUUUCCAUCCAAGUUGUCAGACCCAGGUGGCUUGUCAUUGUUGCUAGACAACAAUAGUUUUUUCACGUCUUCCACACUCACUUUACGGAAUAAUAAUUACAACGCUUGUUUUUCAUAAUUUGGUCAGUUAUGAAUGGAUGAGUAGUUUCAGAGUUUGUUGUUGUCAUGCCUAAAUCUGCUAAUCUUGCCAAUUAAAAAAAAAGUAUUAAAGUAGUUGGCAACAUCAGUGGGUUUUGUGAUGAAUGAACCAUCUUAUUCAAUGAAGGAUGGAGCUGAGUUCGCCUUUUUUUGCCAAGAUUUAAUUUAAGCUGCUCCAAAGCUUUUUAGUAUAAUUCUUUAUAUAAUUUAUCUUUGUUUCAUAGUACAAUUUCUUCUUAUUUUUGUUUAGUGACAUGAUUUCUCAAUUUACAGUAUGUUUGACGAUCAGCUGUGCAGCCAGACUUAUUUGCCAUUCCUUUUACCUCAUUACAUUUACAUUUACGUCAUUUAGCAGACGCUCUUAUCCAGAGCGACUUACAAUCCCUCUCAACCAUACAGUUUUUCAAUUCCUCAUCAAUCCAUGGGGAUUUAACAGUUCUUAGUGUCACGGUUUCGGCCGAGGCUGCUCCUUCUCCUUGUUCGGGCAGGCUUCGGCGGUCGUCGUCUCCGGAGUACUAGCUGCCACCGUUCUAUGUUUCUAUGUUUGAUUGGUUUUGUCUGUUGGUUACACCUGUUCCUUGUUAGUGUUCAUUAUGCGUCCUAUUUAGUUAUCUUGUGUUUGGUCAGGUGUUGUGUGUAAUUGUUCAUUGUCACGUUGUGUGCUAGUUCGUUUAUUCUGUUCUCUCUGUAUUUUAGUCUUUGAGAGAGAGUUCCGCACUUUGUGCGCCUUUAGCAUACUUUACCGUUGUGCGUAAAGUUCGCCUGUAGCCUGUUGCCGUGUGUGGCUUGUUUUUGGACUUUACUAAAGACGCUGUUCGAAACCUCUGUGUGUCCUGCGCCUGAUUCUACACUACCUCUACACUCAAUCCUGACACUUAGAGUCAUUUUCUUAAUGGGUGCAUACUUAUUAGUACUGUAACUCGAAUAAGAAAUGUUAUAAAUGUGUCAAGUGCAGCGUCUGGUUGCUCCUCAUUACACACAACAGACCAGCAAAUAUUCUUUACAUCUUUAACAUAGGAAUCACUACAAAACCUUGUCAUGACUUGCCUUCAUGGGUUGAGGAUCAAACAUGCCGGCUAGGCAAAGGUUUGAACACCCCCUUUCCUGGGGGUCAGUUUUAUGACCGGUCGUAAAUACUGUGCAGACUUUCUCUUCCUUGCCAUGAAGUAUUGUAAGAAAGGACCCCUUUGUUAACAAAGGAAGUCUUCCCGCCAAAACUCCAACAUCCAUAAUGAAACAACAUUCCUACUUAAAAGUAUGUGGGAAAUGGUUGGUGGGGACUUAAAGAACAAUCAUGUCAAAUGUGUUACUGUGUUGUGAUGUCAUUAAAGACGGUGGAACAACAUAACUGUAUCUCUGGGGGGGUUCACUUCCCUGUUAUGAGGUUUGCAUCUAAUUGUUGUAUAAAAUUAAUGAUUAAGUAUAAUAAUACUUUUGUGAAGAUAACAAUGUGAUUUUAGCAUUCUAGAUGAGAUUUUUGUUUUUAAUAUUGAUUUGUUCUCAGUCAGUGGCCAUGCCCAGAUGAGCACAAACAUGAUGGAACGCACCUUUUACCUGAGUGCAUAAAAAGCCUUGAAAAACAUUUAAACAUUAGACCAGCAGAUGUGAAGCGUGAGCUAAACGCUGCAAAUGGUUGAAUUUCUACCAGACCAGCAAGCCCCACAGCUUAAAAUGGUUGAAACUCUUUAGACCAGCAGACGUGAAGCGUGAGCUAAACGUUGCAAAUGGUUGAAUUUCUACCAGACCAGAAAACGUGAGAAACGUGAGAAAAUUGAGAAACUUUAAAACUCUCAACCUCUACACAAGGUGAAGAAGAAGACAAUGCACUAGACCUUAUCAUUUCAGUCUGCAGCUGGUAUGUAUAGUCGUCUAGAGAACUUUCACUAAAGAUAUGAGUUGGAAAGGACAAUUCCUCUCCGACAACCGCUGGUACAUCUGAAGUAUCCAUUCUAACCACCACUACGACCAGAAAUUCUACCAAGUACAUUGGGAUCUCUGGUGGGCAAACCAGAGUCCUACAUCAUCAACUGAACUAUUGAGGACAGCUACACGUAAAUACAUGUUGCAUUUCUAAUCCCAUUAGCGUUUAGUGGGGGUUUAAUCAUUUGUAUUUCCGUGUAGUGUAGUUUCCAAAGUAACCACGAUAGUUUGAAUCUCUGUCUCUCCCUUCCAUUCUGACUGCUCCACUACCCAAGCAUUCAUGCUAAAGUUAGUCCAGUCCACUAGGGACCUGUUUUCAUUGUAUUACGUUAGUAAUCUAUAACCUAUGUGUGUUUGUGUUGUGUUAUUAUUUAGUUAGUAAAUAAAUAGUUAAGCCAAUUUGUGUAUUGCUGAUUCAUCAAUAAGGUUAGGGUUCUUGCAAGUUCAAGGAUUAUGCGACGUUCAGAAUGAGACUGAUAAGAGGUAAUUAUUUAGUAAGUGACUGUUAUCGAUAUGUAACAUAUACAGUGAUUGAAAAAAGUAUUUGAUCCCCUGCUGAUUUUGUGUGUUUGCCCACUGACAAAGAAAUGAUCAGUCUAUAAUUUUAAUGGUAGGUUUAUUUGAACAGUGAGAGACAGAAUAACAACAAAAUAAUUCAGAAAAAUGCAUGUCAAAAAUGUUAUAAAUUGAUUUGCAUUUUAAUGACGGAAAUAAGUAUUUGACCUCCUCUCAAUCAGAAAGAUUUCUGGCUCCCAGGUGUCUUUUAUACAGGUAACGAGCUGAGAUUAGGAGCACACUCUUAAAGGGAGUGCUCCAAAUCUCAGCUUGUUACCUGUAUAAAAGACACCUGUCCACAGAAGCAAUCAAUCAAUCAGUUUCCAAACUCUCUACCAUGGCCAAGACCAAAGAGCUCUCCAAGGAUGUCAGGAACAAGAUUGUAGACCUACACAAGGCUGGAAUGGGCUACAAGACCAUCGCCAAGCAGCUUGGUGAGAAGGUGACAACAGUUGGUGCGAUUAUUCGCAAAUGGAAGAAACACAAAAUAAUUGUCAAUCUCCCUCGGCCUGGGGCUCCAUGCAAGAUCUCACCUUGUGGAGUUGCAAUGAUCAUGAGAACGGUGAGGAAUCAACCCAGAACUACAUGGGAGGAUCUUGUCAUUGAUCUCAAGGCAGCUGGGACCAUAGUCACCAAGAAAACAAUUGGUAACACACUACGCCGUGAAGGACUGAAAUCCUGCAGCGCCUGCAAGGUCCCCCUGCUCAAGAAAUCACAUAUACAGGGCCAUCUGAAGUUUGCAAAUGAACAUCUGAAUGAUUCAGAGGAGAAUUGGGUGAAAGUGUUGUGGUCAGAUGAGACCAAAAUCGAGCUCUUUGGCAUCAACUCAACUCGCCGUGUUUGGAGGAGGAGGAAUGCUGCCUAUGACCCCAAGAACACCAUCCCCACCGUCAAACAUGGAAGUGGAAACAUUAUGCUUUGGGGGUGUUUUUCUGCUAAGGGGACAGGACAACUUCACACCAUCAAAGGGACGAUGGACGGGACCAUGUACCGUCAAAUCUUGGGUGAGAACCUCCUUCCCUCAGCCAGGGCAUUGAAAAUGGGUCGUGGAUGGGUAUUCCAGCAUGACAAUGACCCAAAACACACGGCCAAGGCAACAAAGGAGUGGCUCAAGAAGAAGCACAUUAAAGUCCUGGAGUGGCCUAGCCAGUCUCCAGACCUUAAUCCCAUAGAAAAUCUGUGGAGGGAGCUGAAGGUUUGAGUUGCCAAACGUCAGCCUCGAAACCUUAAUGACUUGGAGAAGAUCUGCAAAGAGGAGUGGAACAAAAUCCCUCCUGAGAUGUGUGCAAACCUGGUGGCCAACUACAAGAAACGUCUGACCUCUGUUAUUGCCAACAAGAGUUUUGCCACCAAGUACUAAGUCAUGUUUUGCAGAGGGGUCAAAUACUUAUUUCCCUCAUUAAAAUGCAAAUCAAUUGAUAACAUUUUUGUUAUUCUGUCUCUCACUGUUCAAAUAAACCUACGAUUAAAAUUAUAGACUGAUCAUGUCUUUGUCAGUGGGCAAACGUACAAAAUCAGCAGGGGAUCAAAUACUUUUUUCCCUCACUGUAUAUCUUCUAAGAGUUUAAUUCGGGAGAUGGUAACUCGUUAAACAACUUCUUCCGUGGUACCCCAAAUUCCUAAUGAGUUAAUUGUUACAUGAUUAAUUUAAUUGAGUGACAAUUAAACAUAGUUAGGUGAUUCGAUAUAAAACAGUCAUACAUUAAAGUAAUUCACGUCACGACAACCUCUUAUAUGAUCUCUUAUACACCAUAUUAGGCCCAGCCUUUGGAACUUUGGUUUUCCAAACAUGGCUACUAAAUUAUGAUCACUAUAUCCAAUGGAUGUGGAUACUGGUUUAGAGCAGCAUUAGUAAAGAUGUGAUCAAUACAUGUGGAUGAUUUCUUUCCUUUGCCGUUUGUAAAUACCCUGGUAGGUUGACUGAUAACCUGAACCAGGUUACAGUUUGAAGCUUUUUCUUGAGUGGGCAGCUUGAUGAAAGCUAUUCAAUAUUUAGGUCACCCAGAAAAUAUACCUCUCUGUUGAUAUCACAUACAUUAUCAAGCAUUUCACACAUAUUAUCCAUAUACUGAAUGUUAGCACGUGAUGGUCUAUAGCAACUUCCCACAAUUAUAGGCUUUAGGUGAGGCAGGUGAACCUGUAGCCAUAUUACUUCAACAGUAUUUGACAUGAGAUCCUCUCUAAGCUUUACAGGAAAUAACUCUGAAUAUAAAUGGCAACACCUCCACCAUUGGCAUUCAUGUCUCUUCUGAAGAUGUUGAAACAGUGUAUUGCUACCACUGUAUCAUCAAAGGUGUUAUCUAGGUCAGUUUCAGAGAUAGUCGGUAUAUGAAUGUCAUCUAUUACUAGCAAGUUAUCGAUUUCAUGACCUUGUUUCUCAGGCUACAUAUGUUAAUGUGGGCUAUUUCUAGCGCUUUUCUAGGAUUCUUGGUUGUUUUUUGCUUUACUGGAAGGCUUGUCAGAGGUAGACAUGACAGUGAUAUUUAUUUAUGAGCUGAUAGUGCAGGGUGAACUGCAUAUAGUGCGGCUCCCUACUAGGGCAAACCGCCUCAGUCCUAACAGUAUAACUCAGGUUCAUGUACGCAUGAUUACUGCUGUUGGAUUGACAGAGGCAUUCAGGGGAGAUAGAGGAACAUAAAUUAGGUUACUUACAUUACAGUGGAGGCUGCUGAGGGGAGGAAGGCUCAUAAUAAUGUCUGGAAUGGAGUAUAAUGGCUGGAAUGGAGAGAAUCGAAUGGUAUCAAACACACUCAUGUGUUUCCAUUCACAUUCACAUUCAUGCCAUUCCAUUCACUCCAUUCUGGACAUUAUUAUGAGUCGUCCUCCCCUCAGCAGCCUCCACUGUUACACUUCCAACACCCCUGGGACAUUGUACAUUAGCAGCAGCACUACGACAACUCAGCUACACAAUGGUAGGGAUUAUCAGAGUAGGUCUUGGGUCACUAAUAACUCAUUGUCUCUCGCGGCCAGGCAACAAAAUGAUUUCGAUGGACUCCAUCAUUCCUGUAGAGCAUCUUCUGUUUUCAAAAGGUGUCAAAGUAUCUAUAAAAGUUAUCCCAACAGAGCUACAGUAGUCCUUUAGCCAGAUGUGUAAUGCCAGUAGCCUGCUGAAUCUUUCGCAGCCGCGUCCCAGCGAUGGCACAGGGCCUGAAAUAAUCAGCUGUGUUUUGGAGUCUUUCAGAGCUAGAAACAGUUCUUUAAAAUCCAGUUUCAACAGUUCGGGGCUAGCCCUCCUAAUGCCGUUCGACCCCACAUGGAAUACGACAGCGUCAGGACCCAGCAGCUGUCAUAGAACGGUAGGAAGUAGCCUUGUCAUUUCCUGUACUCGUGCUCCAGGAUAGCACAGGGUUUUUGCCCCGGGAACCAAUAUAUUUCUCACCAUAGAGCUGCCGAUGGUGACAGCUGGUGAAAUGGCCAAGGAGGUUCGUCGUUUUUCCGCCUGAAGGGGUUUAGGAGACCCCUCGAGGACCGAUGGGAGGUGAGGCUCGAUGGACCCGAGCCAGUCGUAGAAUCCAUUGUGGCUGACGAAGGGGCCGGCGUCUGAGACACCCUCACGGUCCGAUGAGGUGAGAGCUCUGAAGAUCUGAACCCGAGGUAGGAUCCCCCUGGGUUGGAAACAGGGUAGAGGACAAUGGCACGGCAACCUCCGAGGCCAGGGGGACGAAGCUGUUUGAUGUCUGGAUUGGGCUUCCCAAAGCCAAAGAAGCUCUGUUCACCAUUGACCACUGCCUUCCAUUAGGCUUACGAAGGGUGAUGUGAUUCCAUUGCUGGAUAGCGAGAUCAGAGACUGUGGCAUCCGCUAGGCUCUCUAGAAGCGUCGGUCCUGUUCAAUUUUCACAAGUGGGGGAGACUUCUUCGGUGAGAGGUCUCUGUGAAGCACUGGCAAGUCAGUCAAAGAGUGGUGACAGGGCUGUGAUUCUCUCACCAUAUCAGAAGUGUAGAGAAGGAGAAGGUAGGCGGAAGUGAUUUCCCCAGCAAAUUGUGCAACGUUGAAAUUUGCUUGCUUAGGGUAGACAGCUCUAUUCUAUAGUCCUCCGCAAGUAGGCAGUUGUUGCAUUGAAAAUCCGGUCGGCCCACAGUGUCCCGGAAAAGAGCAUAGUAAACACAACUCCUACAACGCAGGAAGCAUUCGCAUCUUCCUCUGAAUGGAGAGGCCUCCAUCCAAUCAGCUAUCUUCGUUAGCUUGAUGGCUAGCAGCUUAGCUAGCUAGCUAAGGUUAGCGACUCUGUCAAGCAGACUUUAAACUGUCAAAUUAAACUGAGAUUUAGUAAUGAUAGAGUAACUAUCUUUGAUUUCCAAUUACAUUGUUGUGGAUUGCGAAACAGGCCGUUCAUAAAUGUCAAGCAUUAUCAUGUUCCUCAAUUAAUUCAGCGCAUUUCAGCAGUAGGCUAUCUCUACACAGAGUGCGCUCAAGACGCACAGAGCGCACCCCGAGUAUAGCAUUGUCGAAUCAUACAAACGUUGUAACGGCAGUCAAAUGACAAAAGUCAAAUGACUAAAGUUGCUAAACUUGCUAGAUAACCUCCUUCAACGAAUGACAGAAUACCUCCUAUAUUUGGCAAAAUCGAGUUGAUGAGUAUACAGAUAGCAGAUCAGCUCAUGAGUAAUGGGGAGAUUAUGCAAAUACACUGAACAAAAAAUUAAUGAAACAUGAAGUGUUGGUCCCAUGUUUCAUGAGCUGAAAUAAAAAAUCCCAUUCAUUUUCUAUACGCACAAAAAGCUAAUUUCUCUCGAAUUUUGUGCACAAAUUUGUUUACAUCCCUGUUAGUGAGCAUUUCUCAUUUGCCAAGAUAAUCCAUCCACCUGACAGGUAUGGCAUCAAGAAGCUGAUUAAACAGCAUGAUCAUUACACAGGUGCACCUUGUGCUGGGGACAAUAAAAGGUCACUUUAAAAUGUGCAGUUCUGUCACACAACACAAUGCCACAGAUGUCUCAAGUUUUGAGUGAGCAUGCAAUUGGCAUGCUGACUGCAGGAAUGUCCACCAGAGCUGUUGCCAGAGAAUGUAAUGUUUAUUUAGAGAAUUUGGCAGUACGUCCAACCGGCCUCACAACCGCAGACCACGUGUAACCACACCAGCCCAAGACCACCACAUCCGGCUUCUUCACCUGCGGGAUCGUCUGAGGGGAGGUGGGGGGGAAUGCUGAGGAGUAUAUCUGUCUGUAAUAAAGCCCUUUUGUGGGGGAAAACUCCUUCUGAUUGGCUGGGCCUGGCUCCCCAGUGGGUGGGCCUGGCUGCCAAGUGGGUGGACUUAUGCCCUCCAAGGCCCAGUCAUGUGAAAUCCAUAGAUAAAGGCCUAAUGAAUUUAUUUCAAUUGACUGAUUUCCUUAUAUGAACUGUAACUCAGUAAAAUCUUUGAAAUUGUUGCAUGUUGCAUUUUAUAUUUUUGUUCAGUAUAGUUUAAAUAUCAUGAUGGGGACCAACUCUGUUUUAAAAAUAUCCAUAUCUACUCUCAUACCAUUUGUUAAUUAUCUACUGAAGCUCUCAUACAGUGGGGGAAAAAAGUAUUUAGUCAGCCACCAAUUGUGCAAGUUCUCCCACUUAAAAAGAUGAGAGAGGCCUGUAAUUUUCAUCAUAGGUACACGUCAACAACAAAUCCAGAAAAUCACAUUGUAUGAUUUUUAAUGAAUUUAUUUGCAAAUUAUGGUGGAAAAUAAGUAUUUGGUCAAUAACAAAAGUUUCUCAAUACUUUGUUAUAUACCCUUUGUUGGCAAUGACACAGGUCAAAUGUUUUCUGUAAGUCUUCACAAGGUUUUCACACACUGUUGCUGGUAUUUUGGCCCAUUCCUCCAUGCAGAUCUCCUCUAGAGCAGUGAUGUUUUGGGGCUGUCGCUGGGCAACACGGACUUUCAACUCCCUCCAAAGAUUUUCUAUGGGGUUGAGAUCUGGAGACUGGCUAGGCCACUCCAGGACCUUGAAAUGCUUCUUACGAAGCCACUCCUUCGUUGCCCGGGCGGUGUGUUUGGGAUCAUUGUCAUGCUGAAAGACCCAGCCACGUUUCAUCUUCAAUGCCCUUGCUGAUGGAAGGAGGUUUUCACUCAAAAUCUCACGAUACAUGGCCCCAUUCAUUCUUUCCUUUACACGGAUCAGUCGUCCUGGUCCCUUUGCAGAAAAACAGCCCCAAAGCAUGAUGUUUCCACCCCCAUGCUUCACAGUAGGCAUGGUGUUCUUUGGAUGCAACUCAGCAUUCUUUGUCCUCCAAACACGACGAGUUGAGUUUUUACCAAAAAGUUCUAUUUUGGUUUCAUCUGACCAUAUGACAUUCUCCCAAUCCUCUUCUAGAUCAUCCAAAUGCACUCUAGCAAACUUCAGACGGGCCUGGACAUGUACUGGCUUAAGCAGGGGGACACGUCUGGCACUGCAGGAUUUGAGUCCCUGGCGGCAUAGUGUGUUACUGAUGGUAGGCUUUGUUACUUUGGUCCCAGCUCUCUGCAGGUCAUUCACUAGGUCCCCCCGUCUGGUUCUGGGAUUUUUGCUCACCGUUCUUGUGAUCAUUUUGACCCCACGGGGUGAGAUCCUGCGUGGAGCCCCAGAUCGAGGGAGAUUAUCAGUGGUCUUGUAUGUCUUCCAUUUCCUAAUAAUUGCUCCCACAGUUGAUUUCUUCAAACCAAGCUGCUUACCUAUUGCAGAUUCAGUCUUCCCAGCCUGGUGCAGGUCUACAAUUUUGUUUCUGGUGUCCUUUGACAGCUCUUUGGUCUUGGCCAUAGUGGAGUUUGGAGUGUGACUGUUUGAGGUUGUGGACAGGUGUCUUUUAUACUGAUAACAAGUUCAAACAGGUGCCAUUAAUACAGGUAACGAGUGGAGGACAGAGGAGCCUCUUAAAGAAGAAGUUACAGGUCUGUGAGAUCCAGAAAUCUUGCUUGUUUGUAGGUGAAUUCAUAAAAAAUCCUACAAUGUGAUUUUCUGGAUUUAUUUCUUCUCAAUUUGUCUGUCAUAGUUGACGUGUACCUAUGAUGAAAAUUACAGGCCUCUCUCAUCUUUUUAAGUGGGAGAACUUGCACAAUUGGUGGCUGACUAAAUAUUUUUUUCCCCCACUGUAUAGGCAGCAAGAGAAGCGGGGGGUAUCUUGACAUGCAUAGGCUUUGAUAAUGCAACCUAUAUACAGUAUUACAGAAUAAAGUUAGGAGUUUUCAUGCGAGACAGGAGUCAGGAUUUUGGGUUUCAGUGGGAUUGGGAUUGGAUAGAAAAAUAGCCUAGGCUCUAGGACAGGAGAAGAUAACAAUUCAGAGAGGCAUGAGAGAAAAUGCUAACAGACUUCAUGUCUGUGACAGACACAUAUGUAGUGAAUUAUGCAUAGACCUAUCAAAUUUGUGAAUUUCUGAAGAGUCACAAUGACAGCUCAAAGAGGCACAUGUUCUUUUAUAGGCUAUACUUUAGGGAUUUCCUGUAGGGUUUAUUAACUGCAUUCGGGUCAUGUGUGCAGGCCGGCAGUGUCAAUUAUGCGUGUGCUUUGAAUUUAUGCAGACUUUGUGUGAAGUAAAUACACUGGGCUAAAGGCUUCCAUGCGACACCCUGUUUGUAUAAUGUGCUAUUUUAUUUUUUGCUAAUCUGAUGCUGCUUGUGUUGUGUAUUUUGUGGAAUUGCAUUAGUGGCGACAUUGGGGAGAAAUUUUGUAAUUUCCCAGGUUUUGUCAUUACAAUGUGAAGUGUUCCCGGGACAGACCCGGGAUCCCGGUUACCCAUGUUAAUCCCGACUACCAGAUCACAAUCAGUGUUUCACGGCUCUAUUAUCCAAUCAAACCCACACACAAUGUUUUAAAUUGUACCAGCAAUGCAAUUUGGUGUUUUUAACAACUAUUGUUAAACAUGAUUGACUAUGUUAAAAUAUAAUUGUGAUUAUUUUCUUCUCACACUAUUAACGUUUUUUAAUCUUUGAAACCUAGUAGUCUUGUUCAUCAGGGCAUAAGGUUUUAAAGAGCGUUGCAACGUGAAACGAAAACCAGUGUUUCUUAUUAGACACGUUCAGAUAGUACGUCCUCAUUUUAUUAGUUCUGGAAUGUUUUCUUCCGUUUCGUGACUUUUUAACACAACACAGGCAUCUUGGCUGACCAGUUGAUACCUCAAGAUCCUUUGUGCAUUGACCAUCGGUGGUGCUACUGUUGACAAUCUUCAUGUGGCUGUUUGUAUGGAGAAUUGACAACUGGUUGCAGUGGAAAAUGUUAUCUGUUCCAUUGACUGUGAUUGGGACUGUUUAUGGCUCUGUAGACCCUGUUCAUUCUACCUGCAGUGCUCUCACUGGGAAAAUGAAUAGGCAUGCAAAACUGGGGUGACACAUUAUGUCGCUAUGCACUCCAUCUAGAGCGACCAGCAUGUCUGGGAGGGGGCACCCCGUCCGCUUUUUAGGGAUACAGCUAAUUCAACCUAGCUUUCUUUUCCGCUGAAAACCGGAUGUGGGAACUCCACUCAGGCGUCUUUUUACGCCUGCUGCGUUAGGAGGGGGUUGGGUGUGUGUGUGUGUGUGUGUCUGUGUGUCAUUUUAAUGGGACCAGUCCACACUGGAGUGGAGAGUGAUUGCAUAUCAAUGGAAGUGUCCCUCUGCCCUUGGGCUCUGCUGCAAUGCUCUUGACAUUAAUGCGCGGGAGAGGCUUUUUAUUCAAUGACUUUCUCAAACUACACCCGCACACACACAUAACACACAAACCACGUGCCCACAUAUGCACACACAGACCCACACAUCUUUAAGUCUCUUUCCCAAGUUCCCUCUCUCACUCUUCCCCUGUUCACUGCAGGGACUUUGUUAACCACACCCUGCCACUCUCUUUCCCUCUCUCCUCUCUCUCUCUAACACACACACAUGCACACAGACACCCACACUCUUACACACUAGCUCCUUGCUCAUUCUCACUCUCUCAACUCUGUCUCUCUCCCUCUCCCCCCAUUUCUUCACUGCGGCAGAUCAGUGUGCCUCCCGUUUCCAAGGCAACUCCUCAUUCAGUCCCCUCACACACACACACAUGCAGGCACUCCCCCUUUCUCUUUGGAGCAGUGAGACAAUAAGAAAAAGCUGGCAGCGAGAGAGCGAGAGAGGGAGAGAGAGAGAGAGAAUUAAACAUGUAGCAGGGGUCUCUCUCCAGACGGGACCCCAGUGGGGGUGGGGGGGGGGGGGGGGGUCGUGUGUGUGUGAGGUGGUUAUUUAUUUGUCUCUCGAGCGUGACCAGCCAUAUGCGGAACGUGGACGAAGCGUGCCACAGGCUUGGGGUUAAGGGACGGAUCAAACGUGGAGGGAGGGAUGGAUGGCUAAAGUAAGGGAGGGGGAGAUGGGGUCUCCAUUAGUGCUGGCUUAGUUAUUCAUUAGAGCGCCGGUGUGUAAUCCCCUCCUACGCAUCUAUUCCACAGGGAGCUGAAGGGGGGUACGAGGGUGUGUGUGGUGGAAGGGGUGUGCUACUGAGGGGCCUCCCCGGAUACUGGCCACAGCAUAUGGGACCCAGUGUUAAUGACGGCACACGUCCCCCCCCCCCCCCCCCGCCUUAGUUUAGUCACGCCCCGGAGGGCAUGGAAGGUCUUCUGUUGUGGAGGGGGAGGUAACGGCAAUGUGAUUAAAACCGUGUUCGGGUGACAAUUAACGGCCCUUCAAGUCCCCGUGCCAGAGGGCCCGAGGGCUCAAGGGAUGGCAGAGGGGCGUGGGGCGUGUGGAUAAGCUGGUGGGAUCGAGGUUGGUUCAGGUGGCACCUUCAGUCUUAAUCCCCCCCUCCCAUUUCCACCCCCCCCACACACACUUUUUAUGAAUAAAUCAUGUGCAAAUUCUGAUCCACCCCCUCUCGAUGUCUCCACCCUCAUUACACCUCCUUCUGUCAGGUUUUUAUUUCCCUUUUUUCGUUGACGGUUUAAUCAAUCCCCCCCCCCCCCGACUGUCUACCCACACUUUAUUUUCUUUGAUUAUUAAAGCCAGUUCCCCCUCGUAGGAGAAGGACGCAGGGAAAAAGGUAGGGGGAAAUAAAGCGCCACUGAUGAGUGAUUAGGAUGGGAAAAGUUGUAGAUAGAGGUAGAGCAAAGGAACGAUUGAUAAAAACAAUACAUAUUUACAGGCAGUGAUUGGUAUCUCUUCUGAGAGACAAAGAUGGAGACGGCAGUAUACAAAGAGAAUAUCUAUAGACUGUAAUGGAGAGAGAGACACAGAGAGGGAAUAAGGGAGUGGAGGCAGAGAGAGAGAAAUGAGAGACUGGAGACAAGAAGCAACCAGUCAACGCAGUGACCCCUUAUGUUUUCUUAAGGUGGCAACUCCUCCCACUCUCUGGCCCCUAACCCCGAAGCAAUUGGCACGCGGCCCCUCCCCCUCCUCUAGCCCCAGUCCCAGUGGUCCCACUGGAGGCAAUCACUGGUGGGACAGGAUGGAGACAGCUGGUCCACACACACACGCGCACACACCAGCUACAACCCACUGUCUCCUGGGUUUGCAGGGGCCAGAACAAACAUUUGUUUGUGCAGUGUUCCAUUUCAGCCAGCUUGCCUACGCAGGGACCAAAUAG